GACAGAGACAGAGACAGAGAGAGAGAGCGAGAGAGCGCGCGCGUAUUUGAUGUGUGACGCAUGACAGAGAAAUUGGAGGAAAUAUAAAACACUGUCUCAUUCCACAGCAAUGUGCUGUUAUUUAUAACACACUCUUGCAGCUGUUGGGAAAAAAUAUAGUUUUCCUGCCAUUUCUACAUAAAAGCUCUUGUAAGAACUAUUUAUAUAACUCACUUUGAUAGAAAUGCAGCUUUAAACCUGUUUGUUUGCUGUAAUGAUCUGUGCGUCACAGGGGAGUUGGAAUCUGGGUUAUUUUCCCCAAAUUCGUCUAAAUUGUCGCAGAAAUGUCAUCACAGGACUGUGAGCUCGCUUAGAUCUUGGAGCAGGUGGAGACGCAGGUGGAUGCGUCAGGUGUUUUGUUUUUCCAGCUGUUUGUGAGCUCAGAUUUGCGCAGCUGGCUUUAGGACCUCGGGAUGAGCUGCUGGAUAAAAGUCUGCGCACCUUUGGAAGUUGAGGGUUUUGUCGUUGUCAGUCGCUCCACUGCGCGUCUGACCAGAUGCGCCCUCUUUCUUUUAUGUUUCCUGGAUAAUCCAUGGUGACAUGUAGUCAACAUUUAGGUCCAAGGAAGCAGAGGAAGCACUCUUCUUCUCUGUACUCUCCAGUAUGAGGUCGUGGGGCAGAGCUGUUGUCCGGAGGAGGAUGCUCUGUCUCUGGCUGCUGCUUCUUGGCUUCGCCCUCGUCACACUGACGCUGUCGGUCCUUUUAAACCGCGACAAGACGCACAGUCGUCACAAUCCUGAUGGGCCGCUGCUGCUGCGGUUCUCCAGUCCACUGGACCUGGAGGUCAUGGUGGACUCCCGGGAUCUCCCGCCACUGAAAUCACUACAAGAAGACCAGCUUUUACUCGUGGCAUCCACGCAGGACAACAGGAGCCCGCCGCUGAAGAAGGGAACUUACAAGGUGCUUCUCGCGCGAGGAGCGAACAAGGAUAACAGCGCAACUGACGGAGACAUGGACAAAGAGGAGCGAUUUCUCCUCGAGGGUUUGGAGAAAGAAACGGAGCAGGCGGCAGUGAUGAAGCACGGGUUCAACGAGGUGGUCAGCGAGAAGAUUUCACUGCACCGGAGGCUCCCCGAGGCGCGCCACCCCGGGUGUUUGGGGGAACAGUACAGCGAGUCGCUUCCAUCGGCAAGUGUCGUUAUCUGUUUCCAUGACGAGGCUUGGUCCACGCUCCUGCGCACCGUGCACAGUGUCCUCCACACUGCACCCAAACAGUAUCUGCACGAGGUUCUGCUGGUGGACGACCUGAGCCAGCAAGGUCACCUGAAGAGUGUGCUGAGUGAGUAUGUGUCCCAUCUGGACGGGGUGCGUUUGAUUCGCAGCACCAAGCGCCUGGGUGUCAGUGGGUGCCGCGCUUUGGGCGCUACCAGGGCUGCAGGGGCGGUGCUGGUCUUCAUGGACUCCCACUGUGAAUGCCAGAAAGGCUGGCUGGAACCACUGCUGGAGAGAGUGGCCCAGGACCGGACCAGAGUGGUCUCCCCCAUCAUAGAUGUCAUAGACUGGAAGACUUUUCAGUACAAUGCCACCCGGUGGCCGGUGAGAGGAGUGUUUGAUUGGAAACUUGACUUCUACUGGGAAUCCAAGUCCCCGCUUCAAGACCAGGACCCAGACUCAGCUGUGCAACCUCUAAAGUCUCCUGUUUUAGGAGGUGAGGUUUUGGCCGUUGACAGACAUUUCUUCCAAAGGACGGGAGCCUAUGACCCCGGGAUGCUUUUGUGGGGGGCUGAACAAAUCGAGCUGUCAAUCAGGGUGUGGUCCUGCAGUGGCUCCAUGGAGGUGGUUCCCUGCUCUCGCGUGGCUCACCUCAGUCACCACCACGUGCCGUACCGCUUCCCAGACCAGGAGCUACUUCAGAGGAACAAGAUCCGCGUUGCAGACACGUGGAUGGACGCGUACAGGAAGAUCUUCUACAGGAGAAACACCCUGGCUCAUUUCAUCCGACAGUCUGAGAGCCCGAACAUCACAGAGCGCCUGCGACUGAAGAGCAAUCUUGGCUGCAGGAACUUCCACUGGUACCUGACCACGGUUUACCCACAACUCUACAUCCCACAGGACAGACCUGCACUGUCAGGAGAGCUGUAUAACGUCGGCACCGGCAGCUGCGCAGACUACCAUCAAGGACAGGAACCACGCGGCGGACCCAUGAACACGGCACCGUGCAGUGGGACGGGCAGUCAGCAUUACGAUCUCAACUCUGAGGGUGAAGUGCGCUGGGGUCCGAUGGGGUCUUUGUGUUUGGACACCAGAGGAGAGAGGGUUGUCCUCUCUCCCUGUCCCACCACCGGCACACUUAAGUGGAAAUUCAUUAAGCUGAGGGGCCAACUCAUUCACCAGCGGUCUCAGUUAUGUGUGGAAGCAGUGAAUGAAGGAGUCCCACAGGAGGUGGAUGCCCACAGCAGCACGGGGGAUCUCUUCCUCCGCCCGUGCACCCAUCACCCCAGACAACAGUGGCACUUUGAGCAGCUGGUGGCACCUCAAGGUGCCUGAUAUAGAAACUAGACAAAGACUGUGAAUCCUAUAGGCAGAUGGGGUAUUAUCUUAUAUUUACCAUGAUUCCCUCUGCCCUCACUGAAAGUAUGUACAAAAUGUGAUCCCUUUUUUUCAGAAAAAUCUUUGUUCCUGUUUUAAGGAUUGUAAAUACAAUUUAAAUGAUAUUAGCUUCA